GAUUAAUUUAAAUAUAUGUUUAAAACACAUAGGAGGUUCAAAAAGUGGUAGGUGAAACCAAUCAACUUUAUAAACAGAUUCGUAAACAUCAGAAAACUCCCUUGUCUCCUCCCACCAGCCAUUCUCUUCAGUGAAAACCAUGGCUUCCUCUUCUUCUCUCUCGCUCUCCCAAGCCCUCCUCCGCCCCACUCCUCUCCCCUCCUCCCACCAGCCCUCUCUCCGCGUCUCCCCGUCACUCCGCCCCUCCCCUUCCACGGCCCCGCUCUCCCUCCGCCGCCGCGCCGCCCAUGUUCGUGCCUCCGUUCCUGUUAAGACCGUCGAGAAGGCCACCUCGGAUGUCACGCUGGUGGAAAAGUCCGUCAACACGAUCCGCUUCCUCGCCAUCGACGCCGUCGAGAAGGCGAAUUCCGGCCACCCGGGUCUCCCCAUGGGAUGCGCCCCAAUGGGUCACGUGCUCUACGACGAGGUCAUGAAGUACAACCCGAAAAAUCCUAAGUGGUUCAACAGGGAUCGCUUUGUUUUGUCCGCGGGUCACGGGUGCAUGCUCCAGUACGCUUUGCUUCACCUAGCUGGCUUCGAUAGUGUCAAGGAAGAGGAUUUGAGGGAAUUUCGACAAUGGGGGAGCAGAACCCCGGGACACCCAGAGAAUUUUGAAACUCCUGGAGUUGAAGUUACAACAGGUCCUCUUGGACAGGGGAUUGCCAAUGCUGUUGGCUUGGCCCUGGCGGAGAAGCACUUGGCUGCGAGAUUCAACAAACCUGAUAAUGAGAUUGUUGAUCAUUACACAUAUGCUAUUCUGGGUGAUGGUUGUCAAAUGGAGGGUAUUGCAAAUGAGGCAUGCUCACUUGCUGGCCACUGGGGACUGGGGAAGCUGAUAGCAUUUUAUGAUGAUAAUCACAUUUCUAUUGAUGGUAACACAGAGAUUGCAUUCACCGAGAGUGUUGAUAGUCGUUUUGAGGGACUUGGGUGGCAUGUUAUUUGGGUGAAGAAUGGAAAUAAUGGCUAUGAGGAUAUUCGUGCUGCCAUUGAGGAAGCAAAAUCUGUCAAAGACAAACCCACACUGAUCAAGGUCACAACAACCAUUGGCUAUGGUUCUCCCAACAAAGCUAACUCCUACAGUGUGCACGGAAGUGCACUGGGUGCCAAAGAAGUUGAUGCCACAAGGAAGAACCUUGGAUGGCCAUAUGAGCCAUUCCAUGUACCUGAGGAUGUCAAAAAGCAUUGGAGUCGCCACACCCCUGAGGGUGCUGCACUUGAAGCUGAGUGGAAUAUUAAGUUUGCUGAGUAUGAAAGGAAAUACAAGGAAGAAGCCGCAGAGCUAAAAUCUAUAAUCAAUGGUGAAUUGCCUGCUGGAUGGGAGAAAGCACUUCCGACAUACACUCCAGAGAGCCCAGCUGAUGCCACCAGGAAUCUAUCUCAGCAAAACCUUAAUGCCCUUGCCAAGGUUCUUCCGGGUCUGCUAGGGGGUAGUGCAGAUCUUGCUUCUUCCAACAUGACCUUGCUAAAAAUGUUUGGGGACUUCCAAAAGGAUACUCCAGGAGAACGUAACGUUAGAUUUGGUGUUAGAGAACAUGGAAUGGGAGCAAUCUGCAACGGCAUUGCUCUUCACAGCCCUGGACUGAUACCAUACUGUGCUACUUUCUUUGUUUUCACUGAUUACAUGAGAGGUGCCAUAAGGCUUUCUGCGCUAUCUGAGGCUGGGGUUAUUUAUGUCAUGACUCAUGAUUCAAUAGGACUUGGAGAGGAUGGUCCAACCCACCAACCUAUAGAGCACCUGGCAAGCUUCCGGGCAAUGCCAAACAUUUUGAUGCUUCGUCCUGCCGAUGGUAAUGAAACAGCUGGGGCAUACAAAGUUGCAGUGCUCAACAGGAAGAGACCAUCCAUCCUUGCCCUUUCCCGGCAGAAACUACCCAAUCUUCCCGGAUCUUCUAUUGAAGGCGUUGAAAAGGGUGGUUACACCAUUUCAGACAACUCCACAGGCAACAAGCCUGAUGUCAUUUUGAUUGGAACUGGUUCUGAGUUGGAAAUUGCUGCCAAAGCUGCUGAGGACCUAAGGAAGGAAGGGAAGAGUGUUAGAGUUGUUUCCCUUGUUUCUUGGGAACUUUUUGAUGAGCAGUCAGAAGCAUACAAGGAGAGUGUUUUGCCUGUUGCUGUGUCAGCCAGAGUUAGCAUCGAGGCAGGAUCAACAUUUGGGUGGGAGAAAAUCGUUGGAGCCAAGGGAAAAGCCAUAGGUAUUGAUCGUUUUGGAGCAAGUGCUCCAGCCGGAAAAAUAUACAAAGAAUUCGGCAUCACAAAAGAAGCCGUUAUUGCUGCAGCAAAAGAGCUUAUCUAGAUACUUUAGUUUCUUUCUUUUCAUGUAAAACUUUUCAUUUUUCUCCUCAUUUGGUUUUAUUUGCGAGAGGUUGUUUCGGCAUGAGACGGUUCCACUCACUCACUGUUUUUACUGGAUUUCUCGUGAUAAAUUUGCCAUUUAUAAAAGCAAUGAGGUUCCUACUUA